AUGGCAUCUCCCAGUUCUCCCGCCGCCAUGUCCGACAACGACGCCGAGCCCCCAAGCUCGCCUGGACACGGUGACAACAACAAGUCCUUCGCGCACGCAACCGAGGACGAAGACACGAGGAUGGCAGAAUCGACGCCUCAACCCGCUGAAAAGCGCAAAGGUCGCGGCUCUGGAAAGGUCGACUCUACACAUUCUGCAGCCCAGGCCGGCAAAAUUCGGCAUUUGAAAAAGAACGAUGGCGAGCCGCUGUGGCGUGAGGACAUUCAAUAUGACUUCCUCAAGGCAGUCUUUGACGAUGAGCACAAGGUCUUUACCAAUAGCUACGAAAAGGACCGGCUUGGCCCGCAAUGUUUCGCCGAUCUCUACAUCGACACCAUGUCCAGGAGCAGCAAGACCAGCAAGGUCCUGCGCGACAAGUUGCUCAGCGACCGGGAGGCCGCAAAGGGCAUGGCUAUGGUCUGCUUGCUGGUAAACAUCGGCCGGAUGAACACGACUCUGAAUUUCUUUCCUGAAAUGCGAGCUCAGCUGCGCACAUACCAUUCGAUUCCAUCACUCCAAGCCCAUCAAGACAGCAAUACGUACAAGCAAUUACAAGAUGCACCUCGGCUCAAGUCUAUCCUUAAGGGAGGAGCCGAAGACAGGGCUGAACCCAACUCUCUGGACCGUGUCAAGAGCCUGGACGUCCCCCGGACAAACCCGGUGAACCUCCUCUUUGUCAUUACGGCCAACGCGCCGAAGAUCGCCGAGAUGCAUUUUCCUCCGGACCAAGAGUUCCAAGACCUUGUCAUGAAGCCACAGUACACAUCCGCGUCGCGCGCCCGUGCCUUCCUGUGGAUGAUGUGGUUCUACUUGGAAUCGGAUUUCACCGAGGAGGGCUGCGAGGAGAACCCAUUCGGUGCAGGUGUGGAUUACGGUUUAGACGUUGCCAACCAAGGUGUUCCGAGGCUAGAGCUGAUCAAGCCCGGCGACCCACCGGAGAACGUGGAUACGCCCGAGGAGCGCGAGUUCGGCGAGGAGAAGAAGCGAAUGCGUGCCAAAAUUAUCGAUGCUGACAAGGCUUUCGUGACGGACACUCAGAGCAAGCGCGGCGCACGGCCGAGGGUCUUUAUGCCUAACGGGCCAGACGAGAUUCUCGCCGCUGGCAGCCCCGCCGUGCUCCCCAGAAUGCGACCCUCGCGGCACGAGUCGGACAUGGACAGCACCCGGUCCACUCCUCCUCCGAGAGCAACGCCACGACAGCUCGCGGGUCCGGUUGGAUCUGCUGCAGCCAAGAGGCCGGGUGCAGCGCUCAAGUACCAGAUAUUCGAGGGGGCAUCGUCGCCCGCUCCGCCUGAACCGAAAGAAAUCGGUGGAACGGGUCGCAAACCCCGGCCUCCCACAGCACAUCAGAUCGCAGUGGAGCACAACCGAUCGGCCCGCGUCAAUCACAUCCUGGAUCGUGGGGUGCGUAAGCAGCACCACUACGCGCGUAAGACGCGGCGACUAGAUGGUGCCAUCUUCCGCGCCGUCUGCAGACUGCGAGCUGGGCCCGACGCAGACCACCCUGCCAUGCCGGAUCCGGUCGAAGACAGCGAGGGCGAGGAGACGCUGAUUGAACACCAAAGAAUAGCAGCUGCUGGCGUCAGCCACCCAGACCCGGCGUUGCACUGCGCCGUUAUUGGUGGAAAGAAGACCCCGUACAGGGCGCGCGGCUUCGGGGGUCUGUGUCCGCUUGUGCACGAGGAGGACGACUAUGGCGAGGAGGCGGCGUCAUACGCAGCUGCUUUCCGGCGGGCUGCCAGGCGGCUCGAGAGGUGGGGUCUUUCGGGCGCAGAAGACAGCACAGUUACGCAUGUCCCAACCAUCAAGAGGAAGCGUUUGGCGCCGCCGCCCGACGCGACGACCAACGGUCAAGACCCCAACGAGACUGAGGACGACGGCGAUGCGACGAUGAUGGCGGGCGCAGAUGACUCGAUCAUGGGUGAUGAGGAUGAAAGCUUCCAGAUCGAUCACAACUCGGCUUUAACGCCGAGAGCGCAGAUCCGGCGGCGGAGAGGUGGAGCCCGGGGCGGAAGCAACCUCGCCAAUGGUGUCGCAAAGAGGAGGAUCACUGCCAGUCCGGCCGGUGCAAAUAGGCGCAGCAAAAAGCCAGCCGUUAAUGGCACGGGGCCAGCACGACUGUCCAAGCUCAGAGACACAGGAGAGGAUGCCGACGAGCUGGAGGAUGUGGACAAGUUGCUGCUCGGCAUGGCUAGUGGUAGUGAUGGGGAGGGUGAUGGUGACGUGGAUGGUGAUGCGAUGGACGGGGUAGAAGCCGAGGGCGAGGCUGAAGAGGACGGUCUGGACGACUUGGACAAGACGUUAUUGGGGAUCGGCGAUGAGGGUUCUGACUCGGAUUAA